CACAUCCAUAACAUACUUGUACAUAUACUCUAUUCUAUACAAGUACAUACCACUCUCUAUCAAUAAGCUACCCAAUAAGAUCCAAUAAGGGGCACACGCAAAAUGUCCGACCCCCUCCCCUCCUCCCUCUCCCACUUCCACUCCCUCCAAAACAACUGGAUCGCCUCCCUCCUCAACACCACCCUCACCACAAACGACUACACCGCGAUCCCCACUGACUCGCGCAACCCCAAACCCUCCGGCGAAGACCACUACUUCGCAUCCACCCUAGCAACACCCAGCACCAUCCCCCAUGUCCUGACGCUCCGCCGUCGCGCGCUCUCAACACCCCCGACCGAAGCACCCGUCUGGCCCGCGCCCACUGCGACGCCUUCCUCCGCGCCCACUGUUUCUCCGCCGGAUGUGAUUUUGUUGGUGGAUUUGAGUGCGCCGGGGAUCUGUGGGCAUCCGGGGACAGUGCAUGGGGGUGUUGUGGCGACGUUGUUGGAUGAGGCGAUGUCGUUGGCGGUUGCGACGCAUUCGGGGGGUGAUUCGAGUACAGAUAAUCCAAGGGGGAAGAUUUAUACGGCGCAAUUGGAUGUGAGGUAUAAGAGGCCGUUGCUUGUGCCUACGGUGGCCAUGGUUAGGGCCAAGGUUGUUGCGAGACAGGGGAGGAAAUACUGGGUGCGCGCACAAAUUGUACAGGAGGAAAAGGUUGACGACCCGAAGCAGAUGCAUCUGGAGUGGCCGAAGAGGAAGGUGGUCACUACGGAUGCCAUGGCGUUUUGGCUGCAGACCAAGUCUAAUCUAUGAUAUUAUGUACUGCACUAUGUAUAUACACCGUACUAUACACAUUCUAUAGAUGUACCCCUAUAAUUAGGUGGUUAUAGCUUCUGUCUCCGUCCAACAUUGCGACUCGCACUCAUCACCAAUCCCACCUGCGUCGCAACAGCUACCACCUCCCCUGACGCAUCCAUAGCAACCACCUCAAUAUCCAUCCGUCCAUCGCGCAUCACCUUGUUGAUCACACGGCUAUGCAACCACUCCACAC